ACCACCUCCUGGACUCGGGCAAGUCGAAGUAGAACAGGCGAGCAGAGUGGUCUGGUCAGGUGUCCGAUAUGGGGCGAGGCAGGGCACCGUGCUGCGCCAAGGUCGGGCUCAACAGGGGCUCCUGGACGCCGCAGGAGGACAUGCGCCUCAUCGCCUACAUCCAGAAGCACGGCCACGCCAACUGGCGCGCCCUCCCGAGGCAGGCGGGCCUGCUGCGCUGCGGGAAGAGCUGCCGGCUCCGGUGGAUCAACUACCUGCGCCCCGACCUCCGGCGCGGCAACUUCACCGCCGAGGAGGAGGCCACCGUCAUCAAGCUGCACGCCUUGCUCGGCAACAAGUGGUCCAAGAUCGCGGCGUGCCUGCCCGGGAGGACGGACAACGAGAUCAAGAACGUCUGGAACACGCACCUGAAGAAGAGGGCGUCGGAGCAGAAGCCAGGCGUUGGCGAGAGCAAGGGCGAGGCGGCCGACGGAGACCCCGACACGCCCGUCCCUUCGUUGUCUUCGGCGUCCUCGUCGAUGACGAGCAGCGAGGGAUCCAACGGCGGCGCCGGGGAGCAGUGCGGCACGAGCAACGAGCCCGAGACGAUGGACGUACCAUCCCCUCUCGAGCUGGAGCUCGAGCCAGUCAUGGACAUCCUGGACAUGCUGGCCGACGCGCCCACGGAGGCGCUCGCGACGGCGGCGCCAAUGCCAACGUCUUCGUGCUCGUCGUCCUCCCUGACGACGUGCGCCGGGGGCGGCGGCGGGGUGGAGGAGCUGCUCGAGCUGCCGGACAUCGACAUGGACGCUGACAUCUGGAGCAUCAUCGAUGACGAUAUCGCGCGCCUACAACAAGGCGAUGCAACAGUGCCAUGUACGACCAAGGCCAGCCAAGAAGAGGAGGGAAACGAGUGGUGGUUGCAGGAUCUGGAGAAGGAACUCGGCCUGUGGGGGCCCACGGAGGAAUCCCAGCCCCAGGCGGGCCCACACGACCAGAUAGGCUACCCGGGCCAACUCUCCGAAACGGAGGGGGACAUGGUGAUGGUAUCCUCCCACCCACAGUCCAGAUCGGAUCAUGAGGCGUCCAAUUCUGAAUAGAAGGUUGAGAUCCACGGUGGUCCCAUCGGACGCCCGAGAUCAAACAUUACAACUUGGAGAAGUUUUUAACGAAACGUUUGAGUUGCAUAUUUGAUUUCAUUGUUACAAUGCACAUACAAAUUGAAGGAAUGAAAAGUUAGGUCGAUACAAGGCCAAGUAGCACGAGUACCUCUACUAUCCUAUCUAAGAGUUUAACCAAAUGUACUGUGGCAUGUAUGCAACAGCACUCCACUGAUCAACAGCCAGUGAGAAGUGGUAUGCAAACAUGCGUACGGAUGUAGUAUGUCAUUUGAUUAAUUUCGUACUAGUAGUUCGUAGUAAAAAAUUGCGACUAAUUUGUACCAUGCAUAUAUAUGCUGCACAGCGUCAUGGUGACGUAAGAGCUGGAUCAUCCGAUGGCCCACCACUACUACCACCAUCAUUAGUGCCUUUUGAAGAAUCAUCACCGGGCUUUGAUUAUGCAUUCUAAAGCAACUUGCUUUUGCUAAUGCGAUGUAACCUUUUUCUUCU